CGGCGGCGCGCGGAGAUGGCGGCGGCGGGCGCGGAGGAGCGGCGGGGAAGCGCGUGGGGCGCGGCGGGUCCCGAGCGCGGCCCGGGCCCGCUGGGCUCGCUGCUGAGCCGGCUGCCGCUGGCGCCCUCCCCGCGGCGCAGAACCGCCAGCCAGUGCCAGCCGGAGCCGCCGCUGCUGCGCACCAGCAAGCGGACCAUCUACACGGCCGGGCGGCCGCCCUGGUACAGCGAGACCGGCGCGCCCGUGGACGAGGCCUUCGUCAUCGGCUUGUGCGGUGGCAGUGCCUCGGGCAAGACAACAGUGGCAACACGGAUCAUCGAGGCGCUGGACGUGCCCUGGGUCGUGUUGCUCUCCAUGGACUCCUUCUACAAGGUGCUGGACGAGGGGCAGCAGGCUCUGGCAGCCCGCAGCGACUACAAUUUUGACCACCCUGAUGCCUUCGACUUUGAGCUGCUCGUCAGUGUCCUCCGCAAGCUCAAGAAGGGCAAGAGCGUGAAGGUGCCGGUGUACGACUUCACCACGCACAGCCGCCGCCGGGAGUGGAAAACAGUGUACGGGGCCAACGUCAUCGUCUUUGAAGGGAUUCUGGCUUUUGCGAACAAGGAGUUGCUGAAGCUCCUGGACAUGAAAGUGUUUGUGGACACGGAUUCUGACAUCCGGCUGGUGCGACGGCUGCAACGCGACAUCAUGGAACGUGGUCGCGAUGUCGCGGGUGUCAUCAAGCAAUACAACAAGUUUGUGAAGCCAUCCUUUGAGCAGUACAUCGAGCCCACUGUGCAGGUUGCCGAUAUCGUGGUGCCCAGGGGUGGGGAAAACUUUGUGGCCCUAGACCUCAUUGUGCAGCAUGUGCACAGCCAGCUGGAGAAGCGUGAGAUCACUGUCAGGGCAGCUCUGGCCUCUGCCCACCAGGGGCAGCCCCUGCCGAAGACACUGAGCGUCCUGGAGAACACUCCCCAAGUGCGAGGCAUGCACACCAUCAUCAGGAACAAGGACACAACCAGGGACGAAUUCAUCUUCUACUCCAAGCGCCUGAUGCGGCUGUUGAUUGAACAUGCCCUCUCCUUCCUGCCGCUGAAGUCGGUCACCGUGGAGACACCUCAGGGGACCACGUAUGAAGGGAAGCGGUUCCACAGACAGAGGAUCACUGGUGUGUCCAUCCUGCGAGCAGGGGAGACCAUGGAGCAAGCCCUGACUGCUGUGUGCAAGGACAUCCGCCUGGGCAAGAUCCUCAUUCAGACCAACCAUGACACGGGAGAGCCCGAGCUCCACUACCUGCGCCUUCCCAAGGAGAUCAGCGAGGACUAUGUCAUCCUCAUGGACAGCACUGUGUCCACGGGGGCCGCGGCCAUGAUGGCAGUGCGUGUCCUGCUGGAUCAUGAUGUGCAGGAGGACAGGAUCUUCCUGCUGUCACUGCUGAUGGCGGAGAUGGGGGUGCACUCUGUGGCCUAUGCCUUUCCCCGUGUCCACAUCAUCACCACUGCUGUGGACAAGAGGAUCAAUGAAGAGUUCCACAUCAUCCCUGGCAUCGGUAACUUUGGGGACCGAUACUUUGGCACCGAUGGACCCUCUGCCUGGUGUGAGAGUGACGGCAUGGACUGCUGAGCUGGCUGGCCAUGGGGCCACCACCCAGGCUGGCUACAGCCCCCAGGAGGGGCUCUGAGUUGCCAGCCUAUGCCCCCCACCUGCAGCCCCCAGCUCUCUUGCCUGCAGGCCGAGCCCUUGCUGCCUGCCCCCCUUCCACCUGCAGGAGUAGCCCCUUGGGGGUCAGAGGCAACCCUCCAACAAGGGAGGGAUGGUGUCAGGGUGUUCCUCACCUCUGGCCCCUGCCUCUGUGCCCCAGGCCGGCCAUGCUGGCGGGAGGGAGGGGUGGUCUCCCUGCAGCUUGUGCCUGAGGGGCCGGUCACCCUCUUCCCUGGGCACUGGGCAAGCUCCCGUGCUGGAAUCUGUAUUUAUUUGUAUUUAUUUGAGCAGCUGCCCCAUCUGGUCUCCUGUGGGCAGGCCAGCUACUUGAAAAACAUCAGGGAUUGGGAACCAAGGAACCACCUUGUCCCCACCGCUCUGACACUCCAUCC